UUUUAUGCGGUAAGCUGGAAAUCUCACGUCCCUUUCAGAAUUCAAAGAAGGACCUCAUAUAGAUCUAGAUCAUUCAAACCAAGCCGUUAUCAACAUCCCCACUCCAAGACAGUAACUGAUUUAGGGGAAGCGUUGUCGAAUCUAUAUUUUCCUGAAAAAACAGAAUCUGAAAGUUCUAGAUCACUCACCGAGACCUCAUGGAUAAUAUCGCCUUCGCAUAUUCGACUCUGGGACAAGCCACUGGUACUCAACCUCUCUAAUCGAUUUUAUCCGCCUGAAAUUUGGAGCCCAGAUAGCGGUAAUCUAGCCAGACUUUGGUCGCGUUAUUCAUCAGCAUCUCGCUCCCAGCCGGCCAGAUGGCUAGCCACUACUGAUUUCGUAGACAAUCCAGUUCUUCUUGUAGCCUCAACCGCGAUACCUCGAGGCAGUCUAGUCGCUUUGGGGAUUCCCUCUUGUUCUUAUCGAUCUGGUGCGCCAGAUGUGAUCGGAUUCAGCCUCCUUACUCCUUGUUUUGGGCCCUGUUCUUUCUCAACCGAAGACGGACUUUUCGCAGCUGCUUUUUUAUCUUCACGACUCUGUGUUGUUCAAUAA